CUGCAUGUGUGUAGUACUGGGCGCUGUUGGUAGCGCUUCGGGUUUUUCCGGCAGUCUUCGGCGCAUCGCAUCCCUUGACUCAACGAGAAAGAAAGAAAACAGUUGGGCCGCCUCCGUCUCUCCGCGUCGCUCCCAGGAUUAUUUGGCGAUUUACGUUAAUUUCGGGGAGCGGGGAAAUACCGCAGAUUAUUAGCGAUCAUCGUUUCACGGUCCCACGAACCCCGCGGCGCUCCUCCCCUUCGUGCCAGGCUCGGCUGCUCGGCUGCGCUCGGAGUCGGACCCGGACCCGCCGCUCAUUCGCCGCCGCCGCUCGGUCUCACUCGGCUCCUGUCGGUCCGCGGCAAGAAUGGACGAGGCGGACUCGGCCACGAAGGCGCUCGGGCUGGAUGAACCGCCCCUCGUCGAGCCCACGCCGCUGGAGGGAGCGGGCUCGGAUACCGAGUCGGAGGCCGAAGUCGCCACGAUGGCAGCGAUGGCGGAACCGGGAAACAUCGACAUGGGAGCCGAGUCCCCGCCGAACCCGGACGAGGCCGAAGCGGCGUUCGCGGAGGUGACAGACAUGACGGUGGGGGAUGUUCAGGCUGCGGAGGACAACGUCUUCACCACUACUGUCGCGACGUCGGGAAGCCUCCCUGAACUGCUGAGUGGGAGGACGACCCUCCAGCUGGGUGAGGGUCUCAGUUCCCAGAAAGCCACCCUGAUUGUGGUUCACACCGAUGGCAGCAUUGUGGAGGCUGCCGGCCUCAAGUCAGCCACCGCCAUCGCACCAGGUCCACGGAUCACGUCCGCCCCACUGACUCCUCCCCACGACAAAGGCUCCUGCUCAAAGUACAACUGGGACCCCUCGGUCUACAACAGCGAGCUGCCGGUCCGCUGUAGAAACACCAGCGGAGUCCUCUACAAGAACCGACUGGGAUCAGGGGGUAAAGGUCGUUGCAUCAAACACAACCAGCAGUGGUUCACCCCCACGGAGUUUGAAGGUAUGUCAGGAAGAGCGAGCAGCAAAGACUGGAAGAGGAGCAUCAGAUACGCUGGCAGACCUCUGCUCUGCCUCAUACAGGAACGAAUCCUGAACCCCCACGCUGCCUCCUGUACCUGUGCAGCCUGCUGUGACGACAUGACAGGGUGUCCAAAGGAUGGAGACUCCGUGGUAGCAGAAAGCAUCAGUAUGACCGGUCCAGUCCGCCUCUUCGUCCCAUACAAGAGACGGAAAAAGGACACGGACCCUCCAGUCAUCCCGCUGAAAAAGGAUCUUCCUUCCACCAAAAACAUUACGCUGUCGCCUGGAACCACAUUCACCGUGUCCCCGUCAGGACAGUUCACCGCCCCUGGCACCUUGACCUUUGACCGCUCUCCGACAGCUGACGCCAACGCCGCCGCUGCUGCCAUCAUCUCUGAGGGUUCGGCACAGAGCGAGGUGUUCGCCAGCACAGCAGUGCUGACGGCGUUGCCAGCGUUGGCCGUGACUCCCCAGCCCCUCCAGGCCAAGAUGGAGGUGUCGGCGGUGACAUCUCCGUCGGCAGGACUAGUGGGCGGUAUGGAGGAGGGGUCCGUGGGUGGGGUGAGUCCAGCGGCGGGCGAGGGCCAGAGGAACACGUGGCUCUACCUGGAGGAGAUGGCCAACACGCUGCUGAGCAACGUCCAGCAGCUGAAGGCUCUGAUCGAACAGGCCAAGAGCUCUGCAGGGGACACGGCGGGGUUCAAAGGUCAGGGAGGCCGGAAGGAGCCAUCAGAGGGAUCGAACCACCGCCCUUCCGGUUUAGGGACGACCGCUCUACUUCCUGAGCCACAGCCGAUGAUCAUCCUUAAUGCAGCGUGUGGUUUCAGUCAGUCGUUUCAGAACCACAUUUCCUUUCAGCAGCCGGACGACCCCGAGGUCAAGAGGAGCUCUGAGAUUACUGAGAUCAUCAUCAACCAGAUGUGUGUGAACUGUGGCCGGGUGGCGAUGAGCGAGUGUACGGGCUGUCACAAGGUCAACUACUGUUCCCCCUUCUGUCAGAGAAAGGACUGGAAGGAUCAUCAGCACACCUGCUGUCAGUCAGCAGGGGGCGUGGUCAUGCAGAAGGAGGAGCCGAUCACAGCAUACGACAUGGACAAAGUAAAAUGACGAUGUCGCAGUUGGACCUCGCGUCACCCCCGCCUUCGGCCGCAGCCGACAGGAAGUCCGUGUGUGGGCUAGGAGAAGAGCGUUCUGCUUAGUGACUCCUUAGAGGGGCUUUCAUUGUGAAAGCUUCCCCACAGAGCAGCAUGAGAAGAAGGUCUUUGAUCUCCCGACAGAUGAACUGCUCGUAUGAAAACUGCAAAGACUUUUUUAUUAUCUCUAGAGAGAAGUUGGGAGUUUUCCCACUCUCUUCAACACAGUCGACAGUUUGAUGACGUGGACGUUAAGCGGAGCUGCAGCUCCGAUGGUCAGACUUCUGCUUCUGGAAACCUGAAAAAACUGUCACACGUGAACACCAUGUGGACAAAAUGUAUAUAUUUCACAUUUAUAAGCCAUAAAGAUUUUAUAUUUUUUA